AAAUCUCUUGAAUAUAACUUCCAUGUGUGAUCAUUUGGCUUAUCCAUAUAGACCAAUCCCUACAUGCUUCACCAAGUUCUAGAUAGUGAUUCACUAGCCCUGUAUAUAUAAUGACAUAAUUAGUACAUAACAAGAAAACUCCUCCUAACCUUAAAGUAAUUAUAUAUUCAAUGUGAAUAUGAUAUGGUUAUAGUAACACCAUAAAAUUUAAUUUAAAAUACAAACUUCCAUCAUGAAGUGGAAUUUUACCGUAUAAAGAGGUGACAAAAGAAAUAGUUUCUUUUGUCGUUUUCUUACUUGAGAUCGUCCAGUAUAAUUCGUGUUUUUUGAGUGCAUAUUGCAGUUUAAAUUAUUUCUUUCACUUGUUAAUAAAAGAAAUUAUAUGUUCAAUAGAUUAUGUCGAAUUCAAUAAACAAUAUGUAUGAGGAAAUACGUGUUAGAAAUUACGCCAAAAUAUCACAACAAAAACAAGAUGAUGAAAACUACCCUACCACAACUUCCCUUAAUCAGAGUCGUGUAGAAAAUGAUGUACUUAGAUUGUACAGAAUGAAUUCAGCAAUUUUAAUAAGAAAAGAUCACAUUAGACUGUUAAAAAAAUCUUUGACUCAUCUUAAUGAAGAGUAUGAGUGCUUAGAUUGUAGUAGACCAUGGUUAUGUUAUUGGAUUUUACAUUCUCUUGAAAUUUUGGGAGAACGUUUAGAUCACAAUAAUUCUUCCAAAAUUGUUGGCUUCUUAACUAAAUGCCAGUCACCUGAAGGAGGAUUCGGAGGAGGACCAGGACAAUAUCCUCAUUUAGCUCCAACAUAUGCAGCAAUAAAUGCAUUGUGUAUCAUUGGAACACCUUCAGCAUAUCAAGCAAUUGAUAGGAAAGGGCUUAAACGAUUUUUAUCAUCCUUACAUGGAGAAGAUGGCUCUUUCAGUAUGCAUACAGAUGGAGAAGCAGACCUGAGAGGAGUAUAUUGUGCACUUGCUGUAGCAAAAUUAAUAAAUGUUUAUACUCCUGAAAUAUUUGAAGGAACUGAAAAUUGGAUAGCUAAGUGUCAAACAUGGGAAGGUGGUUUUGGUGGUUGCCCUGGUAUGGAAGCUCAUGGAGGAUAUACAUUCUGUGCAUUAGCUGCACUUGUACUUCUUGGAAAAACUCACUUCUGUUCUUUAAAAUCAUUACUGAGAUGGAUAGUAAAUAAACAAAUGCGUUUAGAGGGUGGAUUUCAGGGACGUACUAAUAAAUUAGUGGAUGCUUGCUAUUCAUUUUGGCAGGGUGGAUCUUUUCCAUUAAUUCAUGCAAUUUUAACAAAAGAAGAAAAAGCAUUUAAUUCUGAUUAUUGGUUGUUUGAUCAAGGGGCCUUACAAGAAUAUUUAUUAUUUUGCACUCAGUAUCCUGAUGGCGGAUUUUUGGACAGACCAGAAAAAUUUCGAGAUAUAUAUCAUACAUGUUAUGCACUUAGUGGAUUAUCAGUUGCACAAAAUUCUCCAAGGAAACUGAUUGUUGGAUCACCUAAUUUAAAUUUGGUGGAGAUAAUUAAUCCUGUUUAUAAUCUAGUACAUUCAUCUGCAGCCAAUGCAUUAGAAUAUUUUAAUACACUACCGAUACCUGACUGAGUGUAUGUUUGAUGUUCAAAGUGCAUUGAUAAAAUAACGAAUGUUUUUACUUUAAUUUAAGAUAAAGUUUAGAAACAGAUUCUAUCUCGCUUCAUAUUAAAAUUGACCAACAGAGUGUAAAUAAAGUUAUUUAUUAACAAAAAUAAGAACAAUUAUGUUUCAUUAUACCAGGAACAUUUAGGUGUAAUGAAUGAAUAUCUAGUUGAAGAAUGCUAUGAACUUUCUUGCAUAUGAAUUUUUCUGUCAUUCCUAACCUAAUACACCUAAUGUAUCUUUAAGGACAUGAAUUUAUACAAAAUAAAAUAAAUGCGCUUCAAAAAAUAUAG